UUGUGUUUAUUUUUAUUUAAAAAUAUUGAAUACAUUUUUUUUAGCCUGACUUAGCUAAAUUCUUUGCGUGUGAUCGGUGGAUAAAUCGUUGAAUCUAUCAUAUUUCGUAUAUGAGUGUUAGUUCAGAACACAUUUGCUAUAAAUUUAAUAAUGUUUGGUUGUGCGCCGUAAAUAAAAAUGUCAAAUCAAGUGCCUGCGUUCGUAGCUGGAUUGAAGUCUCGAAAUGUUGAUAUUCAGACAAAAACUGCUCGAGAACUGUACCACUAUGCAAAAACCGAACUACGGGAAGUACCUCAGGAGGAACUUACGCAGUUCCUCGAUGAGUUUAACCAUCAAAUUUUUGAGAUGGUCUCCAGCAAUGAUGUCCACGAGAAGAAAGGCGGUGUGCUCGCCAUAGUUUGUCUCAUCGGAGGUGAUUGUGAUACUACAAAAACUAGAAUUACCAGAUUUGCCAACUACUUGAGAAACCUUCUUCCAUCUUCUGAUGUUGGUGUUAUGGAACUUGCUGCAAAAACUGUUGGCCGCCUUGCAACUGUAUCCGGAGUUAAAAGAGCUGAGUAUGUUGAAUUUGAAGUUAAAAGAGCUUUUGAGUGGUUAUCAGAAGAAAGAAAUGAAGGUCGAAGGCAUUCUGCUGUUUUAUUGCUAAAAGAACUGGCCAUUGCCAUGCCAACAUACUUUUACCAGCAAGUAUCUGGCUUCUUUGACCAUAUUUUAAUAGCUCUAAAAGAUCCUAAGCAACAAAUAAGAGAGGCUGCAGCAAAAGCAUUGAGAGCUGGAUUGGUGGUCACAGCUCAAAGGGAAACAGCAAAACAAUCGACAGCUAAACCCCAAUGGUAUAUGCAGUGUUAUGAAGAAGCUAUGCUAUCAUUUGAUGAGAUACCUAUCAGAGAAAAAGGAAUUACUAAAGAGGAUAGGGUUCAUGGUGGUUUACUGAUUUUAAAUGAGCUAUUGAGAUGUUCAAAUGCAGUUUGGGAGAGGAAAUACACUCAUUUAAUGCGAAGUUUAGACACGCAAAAAGACAUAACAGUGUCUGAUGAUAUAAUUUUUAUAAGUUCAAAGCUCCACAGUCCCUCUGUUAAGAGAGGGUACUUGUGUGAUGGCUUUAAAACCGAAAACGUUCAGUAUCCAGUUCCAAAUUAUGAAUCAGAAGUGUGUAAGAAAUUAUUGAUGGAGAAAAUUGAGAGAAUUUGCCAAGAUAUAAUGUCAUGUCAGAGGCUUCUUAAAACCCAAGGUGUACCACAAACUCUGCUUAUUAUAAUUCCAAGGCUAGCAGCUUUUAAUAAAGAGUUGUUCUUAAGAAAAUAUUUGCAUACCACCAUGCACUAUUUACUCAAUUCAAUUAAGAGUAGGGAAAAAGAUAGAAACAUGGCUUUCACAACACUAGGUUUAAUGGCAGCUGCUAUAGAAGGUGAUAUAAAAAAUUAUAUAUCUAAAAUAAUGGAUGUAAUCAAACAAGCUUUGCCUGUAAGAGAUACACAAACCAAAAAGAGAAUGUGGAUUGACCCAUCCAUUUUUGCAUGCAUCACUUUACUCAGUAGUGCAGUAAAAGAUCUGGUGGUUACGGAUAUCAAAGAGCUCUUAGAUGCAAUGUUUGUAACCGGGUUAAGUCCAGCUUUGACUAUAUGCUUAAAGGAAUUAUGUAAAAAUUUGCCAUCACUAAAGCGUGAAAUUUCUGAGGGUCUCCUAAAUAUGCUCUCACAAGUGCUACGGAAUAAACCUUUCUUACAUCCUGGUUUACCACGAAGCUUAGAACAACAAAGCAGUUUGGGUCUUGUGAUUGAACAACAGGAUACUGCCAGUAUAGUUCUGGCAUUAAGAACACUUGGCACAUUCCAUUUUGUAGGACAACAUAGUUUGUUAACAUUUGUUCGUCGCUGCGCCGAUCAUUUCUUACAGAGCGAUCAACAGGAAAUCAGAGUACAGGCAGUCAAGACUGCGGCCAAACUACUAGCCGAUGCCUCCAUGAAAACGCCUUCCAGAACCCUCACCAUGUUAACUGCGGAAGUCGUGGGUAAAAUGCUAGUUGUGUCAGUCACAGACCCAGAUUAUGAAGUACGGUACUGGGUUUUAGAAUCUCUGACGAAAAUAUUUGACACUCACUUGGCACAAAUUGAGAACUUGAGUUUCCUUUUUAUGGCCAUGAAUGAUGAACAUUUAGAAAUUCGGGAGCUAGCGAUCUGUACUAUUGGUCGCUUGAGUUCCGUAAACCCAGCGUACGUAAUGCCUGGCCUGCGUAAAACUUUGAUACAGUUUCUGACGGAGCUCGAACAUUCUGGAAUGAGCAGAAAUAAAGAACAAGCUGCAAGGAUGUUGGAUAAUCUUAUUUUGCACGCUCCAAAACUUGUGAAGCCAUACAUGGAGACUAUUCUUAAUGUCCUUGUACCCAAAUUAAAGGAGCCGGAUUUAAAUCCUGGUGUAGUGAUCAGUGUUUUAAAAGCUGUAGGAGACUUGGCUGACGUCCAUGGUGACAAUACUGGUUUAAAAAAAUGCCUGCCAGAAUUGCUGUCGAUUCUCCUGGAAUUAUUAUCUGAUGCUUCUGCAACAGAGAAAAGAAGUGUCGCCUUAUGGGCUUUUGGUCAACUUAUUAGUGCGACGGGUUACGUUGUUACACCGUAUACAGAGUACCCAAAUCUAAUGGAUGUUUUGCUGAACUUCUUGAAAACGGAACAACAACCUAAAGAUAGACGAGAAACAAUUCGUGUUUUGGGUCUUUUAGGGGCUUUAGAUCCUUACAAACACAAAGUGACAAGAGGAUUGAUAGAUGGUCAGCCUGAUUCUAGUUUAGUGCCCGUCGCUGACAGUAAAGCAGAAGAAAAUAAUUUUGAUAUGACAACAAGUGAAAUGCUUGUGAAUAUGUCUUCACCUGUACUCGAUGAAUACUAUCCAGCAAUUGUUAUAUCGACACUUAUGCGCAUUCUAAGAGACCCAACGCUUCAGCAACACCACAAGAAUGUCGUCGAAGCUGUCACAGCUAUAUUUCAGUCUCUCGGCAUAAAAUGCGUGCCGUAUAUCUCACGCGUAACCCCGAGUUUACUUUAUGUAGCCCGAUCAACUGAAAAUAACAAUAAUUUCAGAGAGUUCCUUUUUACUCAACUAGCCAAACUUAUUGCGAUUGUAAAGCACCAUAUUAGGAACUAUUUGGAUAACAUUUUCGAACUCAUCAAAGAGUUUUGGACACCAAACAGUCCAUUACAGCCAACUUUGAUAUUACUGGUCGAACAUAUUGCAUGGGCCCUCGGAUCAGAGUUCAAAGUAUAUUUGCCACAACUGAUGCCACAGAUAUUGCGUGUCCUGGCUCACGAUACUAGUAAAGACAGAUUUGUCACUGAAAAACUACUUUAUGCUCUGCAAAAGUUUGAAGAUAAUCUCGAUGAUUACAUUCAUUUGGUGAUCCCCUCGAUGGUGAAAUUGUUUGACGCAUCAGACUGUCCCAUUCCGGUUGCAAAAGUAGCAAUGGAAACAGUCGAUUAUCUCUCUGACUCUUUGAACUACAGUGAACUGGUGUCUAGAAUAAUACACCCACUAGUCAGAAGCUUAGAUACCUGUCCCCCUCUACGCACUACAGCCAUGGACACUUUGUGUGCCCUAAUUAUUCAAUUGGGCCGGAAAUACAAUGAUUUUAUACCGCUGGUUCAAAAAGUCGUAGUAAAACACAGAAUUCAACAUCACAAUUAUGAAUUGAUGCUUUCGAAGUUGCAAUCGAAUUCAACUUUGGCUGUUGAUGAUUUCUUACAAAGCACAAGACGAAGGCCUCGAAAUAAUAACCAAGAGACGCGUAUAGUAGCUUGCGAUCCGUCGCAUUCAAGUCGCAAGCUUUACGUGAACGCGCACAGUCUAAAAGUGGCGUGGACUGUCAGCAGUAGAGUGUCAAAAGACGAUUGGUUGGAGUGGCUACGACCCUUCAGUAUUGGACUGAUUACUGAAUCACCCAGCCCCGCUUUGAGAGCUUGUCGGACUCUUGCACACAAUUAUUCUCAGUUAUUACGGGACCUCUUCAACGCGGCGUUCGUCUCUUGUUGGACAGAGCUCGACAAUACCUAUCGCACAGAGCUUUCUAAUGCCCUUGAACAGGCGUUAACAGCACCCGACGCCCCGGAACUAGCUCAUACUGUACUAAACCUAGCUGAGUUUAUGGAACACUGCGAAGGAGGUGCCUUGCCAAUUUCUACACAACUUCUCGGAGAAAGGGCUAUGCAUUGCAGAGCGUACGCGAAAGCACUGCACUAUAAGGAGGAGGAAUUUCGAAAUGGGGCGACCUCGCAGGUGGUUGAGGCUUUAAUACACAUCAAUAACAAACUACAGCAAAAAGAGGCUGCCGAAGGAUUACUCGAACGUGUAAUGACCCAGCGCGAAGCCGGUGAUACGAACCUAGAAGUUCAAAUUCGGUGGUACGAAAAGUUACACAGUUGGGAAAAGGCUCUGAAUCUGUAUGGUGCUAAAUUAGUCGGGGAUGAUGACAACGUGGAGGCCUAUCUAGGUGAGAUGCGGUGUUACGAAGCCCUAGGGGAGUGGACGGAGUUGUACAACACAGUGUCCAGGCGUUGGACCAGAAUGUGUGACGAUGAAAAGUUUAAAGCCGCAAGAUUAGCCGCUGCAGCCGCAUGGGGUUUGAACGAGUGGGAUUCUAUGGUCAAUUACGUUAACUUCUUACCGGACAAUACACAAGACGGAGCCUUCUACAGGGCCGUCCUUAAUAUCCACAAUGCAGAUUAUGGUUUAUCAAAAAUGUAUAUUGAUCAAGCAAGAUCGUUAUUAGAUUCGGAAUUGACUGCAAUGGCCGGGGAAAGCUAUCAAAGAGCUUACGGAGCAUUAGUUAAUGCUCAAUUGCUCGCUGAAUUAGAAGAAGUCAUCACUUACAAGCUAGUGCCGGAGAGGAGGGAAUCCAUAAAACAAGCCUGGUGGACUAGGCUCCAAGGCGGUCAGAAAUUGGUGGAAGAUUGGCGCAAGAUUCUCCAAGUUCGAGGUUUAGUUUUGACCCCGCAAGAGGAUAUGGCGACGUGGCUAAAGUUUGCUUCGCUGUGCAGAAAGAGCGGGGCACCGCGCCAAGCACACAAAACCCUGGUCAUGCUCCUCGGAAUGAAUCCAAAUGAGAAUCGGGACAGACCCCUUCCGACUCAGAGACCACGACUUACGUUAGCCUACGCUAAGCAUUUGUGGGUCGCAGACGAUAAGCAAUUGGCAUACGACCAGCUUCAACGCUACGUCAAUACCGUGGAAACGGGAGACGCAGAACAUUGCAGACUAGUCGCCCGUUGCCAUUUAAAGCUGGGAUCGUGGUGUGAAUCGCUGUUAGGUAUCAAUAAACUGUCUAUACCCGAAAUUUUACGGAACUACUCAGCCGCCACUAACCUAGCCUCCGAUUGGUACAAAGCUUGGCACGCGUGGGCCUAUAUGAAUUUUGAGACCGUUCUGUUCUACAAACACCAGGAAGUUGAUAAUUCCAAUCCGGAGGAAACCAUAUCUGUCGCUGAAUACAUUCAGGCGCACACGGUACCGGCCGUCGAGGGUUUCUUCAAAUCGAUUAACUUGUCGCAAGGCAGCUCUCUACAAGAUACAUUGAGAUUGCUUACGCUAUGGUUCGAUUACGGACACCAUCCAGCCGUUCACGAGGCUUUAGUUGAAGGAAUUAGGACCAUCGAAAUCAAUGUCUGGCUUCAAGUGAUACCGCAACUUAUCGCAAGAAUCGACACACCGAGAGCUCUAGUGGGAAAGCUUAUCCACUCGCUGCUUAUCGAUAUCGGCAAAUCGCAUCCUCAAGCUUUAGUUUAUCCGUUGACAGUGGCGUCAAAAUCCUCGUUCGUUGAUCGUAAGAAUGCGGCCAAUCAAAUUCUCAAAUCAAUGUGUACACAUUCGAGUAAUUUAGUCAAUCAAGCGGCUAUGAUAUCGGAGGAGUUAAUCCGAGUCGCCAUAUUGUGGCACGAGCAGUGGCAUGAAGCUUUAGAGGAAGCCUCCAGGCUGUACUUCAGUGAGCACGACGUCAAGGCCAUGUUUAAAACGUUGGAGCCGCUACACGCAAUGUUGGAGAGAGGUCCGAAGACUUCGAAAGAAGCUUCGUUCAGUCAAGCAUACGGAAGGGAUCUUAAUGAGGCGCAAGAAUGGUGUAACCGAUUUAAGGAGUCAGGUUUAGUGAGGGAUCUGAACCAAGCCUGGGACUUGUAUUACCACGUGUUCCGGCGCAUAAGCCGCCAACUUCUGCAACUAGCGUCUCUGGAACUACAGUUCGUGAGUCCUCGAUUGCUCAACUGCCGGGAUUUGGAAUUGGCCGUGCCCGGCUCCUAUGUUCCCGAUCAGGACCUGAUCCGGAUUGCGCAUAUACAGAGCAGUUUGCAGGUCAUAGCAUCGAAGCAACGACCGCGUCGCCUCUGCAUCCGGGGCUCCAACGGCAAAGAUUACAUGUUCCUACUCAAGGGCCACGAGGAUCUACGCCAAGACGAACGAGUGAUGCAACUAUUUGGCCUCGUCAACACUCUACUCCAAGCCGACCCGGACACUUUCAGACGAGACCUGGCCAUACAGAGAUACGCUGUUAUACCGCUGUCUACGAAUUCUGGUCUUAUUGGCUGGGUGCCACACUGUGAUACAUUGCACUCGCUAAUAAAGGACUAUAGAGAGAAGAGGAAGAUUCUAUUAAAUAUCGAGCAUCGUAUUAUGCAACGGAUGGCAUCCGAUUUGGAGAAAUUGAUGUUGAUGCAAAAGGUUGAAGUCUUUGAACAUGCUUUAGAGCACACGGCCGGAGACGACCUUGCUAAGUUACUUUGGCUAAAGAGCCCUUCAUCAGAAGUAUGGUUCGAGCGUCGCACGAACUACACCCGCUCUCUCGCCGUCAUGAGCAUGGUGGGCUACAUUCUAGGGCUGGGAGACCGACAUCCAUCUAACAUCAUGCUUGAUAGAGUCACUGGAAAAUUCUUGCAUAUAGAUUUCGGAGAUUGCUUCGAAGUAGCGGUCACUAGGGACAAGUUUCCGGAGAAAAUACCAUUCAGAUUGACGCGAAUGCUGAUUAAUGCUAUGGAGGUAACAGGCAUUGAAGGUAUCUACCGUCGGACAUGCGAAUCGGUAAUGGAAGUACUGCAUCGUCAUAAAGACAGCGUUAUGGCUGUACUCGAAGCCUUCGUGUACGACCCAUUACUUAACUGGAGACUCAUAGAUGCGGGCAGGCGGUCUAGAAACGACGCCGACGCUUCGUCAACUGACGCCGCAUCCCCGCAGCAAACUAGAAGCCGAGCUGUACCUUUGAACGAUGUAGAUCAGCCCGCUGAGACGAAUCUAAACAAACGGGCUCUAGCCAUCGUGAACAGAGUGAGGGAUAAGUUGACCGGACGCGAUUUCACGCAUAUAGAUGACGCGAGCGUUUCAGUGCAGAAGCAGGUUGAUUUGUUGAUACAGCAAGCGACAAGUAAUGAAAAUCUAUGCCAGUGUUACGUUGGUUGGUGUCCCUUCUGGUAGACUUUGACUACCUUUCAUCCCCGGAGAAGAAUUUGAAUGCUACUUCUAAGUCAACAUCGUCAUCAUCAUAUCAACCUAUUACCGGUCCACUACAGGGCACGGGUCUCCUCCCACAAUGAGAAGGGGUUAAGUUAGUCCAUAACUUUACACACCUCCACACACUUUUGAGAACAUUAUGGUGAACUCAGGCAUGUGGUUUUCCGCAAGAUGUUUUCGUUCACCGUUGAAGAAAAUGAUAUUUUAAUAAUUAGGAUUCAACCUCAGCCCCCUCAGCUCAGUCAAAAUCCUACCCGCUGGGCUAUCACCGUUAUUUUCUAAGUAUACCUAACGGUCUAAUCCGGAUGUCCACAAUUAUCAUAAUUGUCAGGUUUACAAGGUCACAAGGGGUAUAUACCUACUUACUAUUCUUUACAUAAAAUUUCCUGUAGAAAAGUAUAGCAAAAUUGAUGAAAGUAGUGAUUGCUAUGCUAAAAAUUGCUACUCUAAUAAAGAUUCUAAAAGUAUCUCUAUUAUUGAUACUAGUAUCCUGUAGAGAUUUUAUUUUGCAUCUGUAAGGUGUCAUCAGUGGCGUGCACUGAGUUAUUUACCAGGGUAUGUAUACAGCAGGACGAUUGCGUCAAAUAGCAAAAAUCCUCCUGCUAUACGAGUUAUAUAUCAAUAUUAGGGUAGGCAGUGCGUUUGUGUAUGUAUGAAGUGCACGUCACUGGUUCUCGGGUAGACGAUGUAGGAAGAUUCGAGACACAUUAGAUUUCGAGACUGAUAUAAGCCAUCCCAUAAAACACCCUUUUUUGAAGCUAUGUUGCUUAAUUUUGAGCGUUAUUAUUUUAAACGUCAAAAAUAUUAUAAUUAUAAUGCUUUAUGCUACAAUAGUUAGGGUAAUGCUGAUGAGAGUAGCAUGUAGAUGCAGUAGUGAAACUUAACUCUAUUCUAUCUAACUGGUCAUAUUAUGUAUAAAAAAAAAAACAUUACUUUAUAGUGUAAAGCACAGAAAUAAGAACAUAAAGAACCCUCAUUAAGCCAUUAUUGUAUGCAGUGCAUUGUGUCAAAACAGUGAAAAGAAAAACACCCGCGGAAUGUUUCUAGCUCACAAACUUUCCGAUUUUCCCCAUUUAAUGGAAAACGUUUAAAACCUUAGAGGUAAAAUGUCUGUCAACUGCUAAAUGUAAUUACGUGACUAACCUCCCGUUCGAGACUACUAAAGUGGAGUGGUUUUUGAUGCUUCAAUGUUAGUCUUGUACUUGUUCUUAAUUAUGUAUUCAAAGUGUUUUUUUAAAAAAAGUAUGCGAUUUUCUAUAUGAAUGCAUGUUUUAUAGUAUUUAAAUAUUCAUAAAUCACACUUUACACUAAAAACAAAUGAAAAAUGUUUACAUUAUCAGACAAGGGAGAUAAAAAAAGGACUAUACCAAUAUUGUUUUAGCUAAGAGUAUUUGACUUUUGAAUAGUUUAUCUUGCCAUCGAAUUGCCCAAUACCUUGCUGUUCACAAAUAACCUGUAAUCUGUGCAUGUUUUGGUUUCAACUUACUAUUUUUUUUUUACUAUUUUAAGUUUUGUUUACUGAAUACCACUCGAGGCACCGCUGUUACAAAUAUUAAUGCCCUUUAAAAACCUUGCUUUUUGUGGCUGUAAAUUAUAAAAUCACAUGACGCAAGCGCAUAUUUCUUUAAUGUUAUUUAAUAUAAACGGUUAUUAUAUACGUAGGAUUUCCUAAUAUUAUUUUGUUAGGUGUAGUUUAGGUUGCCAUAUGUUAAGUAAAUCUAUUAUUAUCGCAUUGAUUUACGGAUAUUGUAAAUUUUUUUA